UGUGCAGAUCCAGGAGCACUCAGCGCGGCGAUCGGCAGUGCGCUGUGUCCCUUGCACACAUGCCACCUGUCAGUGCUCAUCAAUGCCAGCUGCCAGUUUUCAACAAUGCCACCUGCCAGUGCCCAUCAGUGCCUCAUAUCAGUGCCUACCAGUGCACAUCAUUGCUACAUAUCAGUGCCCAUCUGAGCUGCCUUUCAGUGCCACCUAUCAGUGCCAGUCAGUGCCACCUAUCAGUGCCAGUCAGUGCCACCUAUCAGUGUUGCCUAUCAGUGCCGCCUAACAGUGCCAGUCAGUGCCACCUAACAGUGCCAGUCAGUGCCGUCCAACAGUGCCAGUCAGUGUCGCCCACCAGUGCCACCUAUCAGUGCCGCCUAUCAGUGCCAUAUAUG